GUCUUGUAAGACGGAUGUAUGUAACUAAAACACGUCACUGUUCCUGUUUUUUAUUUCAAAUGAAAGUAGAGCAGACUGUAGUAACAUCAUGUGCACCAUCUAGACCCUCGAUCUGUGCUGGUUUUAUAUUUCAACCAUGGGCUCGACUAAUGGAACCUCAGUCAAUUCACUGAAUUCAUCAUUCAUCUGCAACCUUCCCUAUGAAAAUGACCGACUUCCACUUCUGAUACUGUAUGGCAUUGUCCUUAUUGUGGGAGUACCUACAAACCUUGUUACCAUCUAUUUUACUUUCCUCGAGGUGCAAAGGAAGAAUGUGUUGGGAAUCUACCUGCUGAGUCUGUCUGUGUGUGAUCUGCUGUACUUAGGUACGCUACCUGCAUGGGCCAUUUACAUACACCAUGGGCAUCGCUGGUACUUGGGCUCUCUGGCUUGCAAAAUUACAUGCUACAUGUUCUUUAACAACAUGUAUGUCAGCAUCUUCCUCUUGUGCUGUGUGUCUGUGGACCGUUACAUUGCUGUGGUGUAUUCAUUGAAAUCUCGGGGUCUGCGGCAGAUGAAAUGGGCUGUGAUAGUCAUUUCAGUAAUUGUAGUUGUGGUGGCACUGUGUCACAUGCCAGUGUUUACCAUGGAAGAAGGUGAGACAGAGUCAGAAGAGGAGAAGCGGUGCUUUGAACCCGGACAGAGCACCGCCACUGUGACUGCUUUCAACUAUGCCCGCUUUGUGAUCGGGUUCUUCAUUCCACUGUGCAUUCUGCUGGUCACCAACCGUGCCAUUCUCUCUAUGGUCCAGGCCAGUGAUGGCUUGGGUUCAGAUCAGAAGUUCAAAAUUCGCUACCUUCUUUGGGCAGUAAUCCUGUUCUUCCUGGUCUGCUUCGCUCCCUAUCACAUUGUUCUUUUGCUACGGGCCGUCAGUUUCCAUUUCUCAGACAAGACCUGUAACUUUGAAAUAUUACUUUACUCACCUUACACCAUCUCUCUGGGACUGUCCACUCUUAAUAGUGCUAUGAACCCAAUUCUGUACGUGCUGACCAGUGACAACAUACGCAAGGAGAUCUGCAGAAGCAAGUUCUGCAUGUGCAGUGGUUUCUUUUCUAGACAGGAGACAAGACCAGUUCUGUCUGUCGGUCAGAUAACUGCCCUGGCUGAAGACAAGUGAAAGGACACAGAAGGGUGUCUGUUUGAUCAAGCUAUGAUGACCAUAUAGAUAAGCUAUGUACAUUUUAGAGUUGAAUGGAAUUUCAACAACUAGUAUAAUAAAAACAUAUAAAAGGUUUUUUGGUCUUAGAUUAAAUGGUCUUUUAGUAAGAACAGGAAAUGUUUUGAUGUACAUUGCAUAAGAUAGGCAUUGCAAAAUUCCCUUGCAUAAAUAAAAUGUCUGUCGGACGAUUCUGCUUUCACAUCUGUAAUAUGUCUUACUUAGAUGAUUGAUAAUUGUCAAAGGUACCUGCAAUACUUUUAAUUAUAUUAACAACAGACCUAUUAUAAUCUCAACCUUUAAUCUCAACAAUUAUUGCCUUUAGAUUCUAAUACUUUAUAUGUUCAAGCCAAAGUACAGAAGAAUACAUUUAGGUUGGGUCAUUAUUUAAUUUGGUUCAAAGAUGAAGUAUGGAAAAAUAAUUCAGAACAAAGCCCGGUACAUCAUUCAUAAGGACAUAUAGCUUAUAAUUAAAAUGCAGAAUGGAGUUUUUGUACAGGUGUACCAAAAUUAAAACAAUUAAAUAUAAGGCCAGACAACAUUUUCCAAUAUUUUAUUGUCCAGUUAUGUGAGACUGAGUCUACUGUAGGCUUAAAUUCUUGUUCUUGGAUGGCAGUAGUGUAACCCAUCAAUGAGAAUCUACUGUUGUAGUCUAUCCACUUCAAGGUACAAUAUGAAAUGUUUUUCUUUUCAGCAUGGUUGUAAAGAGUAGUUAUUUCUUACCAUAGUUAUCGUAGACUUUCUGUAAGCUUAACUUUUGAGAUCAACAGUUUCUGGCCUACACCCAUGACAUGGUAAAAGUCAUGGAAAGAACCACAAACAUUUAGAUCUAUUAACCCUAUUGUUGACUAAACAAUAAAAUAUUCAGAAUUAAGGAGGGGGAGCCUUAAGGAUGUUUACCUAUGAGAGUGCCCAGGCCAUAUUGUGUUACUGAAAACAUUUCACCACUGACUGCUAAUGUCUCACUCUCACUCUCACUCUCACUCUCACUCUCACACACACACACACACACACACACACACACACACACACACACACACACACACACACACACACACACACACACACACACACACACA